GAAAAUCUCAAUAUCAACGAUACCGAGCUUCCUCUAUUAUAGACAUACCGAAGUUUCAAGACACGCAGUCAAGAUGGGAGACUUGCCACAUUUGAGUGAUCAUAUCGGAAGCUUCAGCUUAUCAUCUAUUCACCCGGCUGACCCAGCUUACACUCCGCUCCUCUAUCGGCUCCGCGAAGAAACCUUCCAGAACCGAACAACUCAAGUCAGACAUGGCUCUUAUCUCAGACGGUUUACUCGAGAUACUUCCUUCAACAUAGCUGAAGCUAUCAAGGAAAACUCCGGGAUUGAUCUCAACAAUUUCAUGCGCCGGCAUGGAUUGACCGGCUGCGUUGUUGUUCAGAAUGGAGCCAUAAAACUCGAAGAAUACAGACACGGAAACUCUCAAGCAUCUCGUAACGACGUUCAAUCAGUCACAAAAUCUUUCGUCGCAACAGCUCUGGCUAUUGCGCAGCAAGAAGGAAAACUAUCCGUCAACGACCCAGUAUCUCGACAUGUCGAAGAGCUGAAAGGAACUGCUUGGGCAGACGUGCCACUUCUUGCUCUGUCUAGUAUGUCUUCAGGGGUAGUUGAACAGUCCGAAGAAGAGCGUCCCGCCGAUGUGCCCAAUCCCAUGUAUGCCACUGAGCUUUAUCCUCAAACGGAUCCUGAAGCUGUCGUCAACUGGCUCAAGACUUCGAGGAAAGUGGCUGAGCCUUGGGAAGAGUUUCACUACUACAACCCGAAUUAUUAUGUGCUGUCGACAGCGAUUUCACGUGCAACCGGAGAGCCUCUGAACGAAUACAUCUCGCGCACGAUAUGGGAUCCUGCUGGAAUGCAAUACGAUGGGUACAUACGAACAACAGGCGCAGGACACGUGGAUGGCCACGGAGGUCUCUCGAUAACUUUGACAGAUAUGGCACGCUUCGGGUGUUUUAUUCUUGAAACUUUCAAAGACGGAGGGAAAGGCCCUUCAGUGCCACCCGGCUGGUUCCAAGACAUCUCUGAUGCCAAGAACAGUGUCGGAGCCAGGGCUCUUCAACCGGAUAAUUUUGUCUCCAACUUUGGCUAUGAAAGCGGUUGGUGGACGACAGGCAGGGGGGACAAGGAGUAUAAAAUGGGAGACGAUGGUGCGUUUGCGGCGAUUGGUAUGUAUGGCCAGUCUAUUUACAUAGUCCCAAAGUUGGACGCCGUGAUCGCUAUCCAAUCUGGUUACCCAGAGCAUGAGUUGGACUUGUUCACAAAAAACGCAGAGCUGGCGACUGCGAUACUCAAGGCACUGAGGGAAUGGUGAUAAGUUAUAAAAGUUAGACACGACUAAAUUUAUUCCACUG